AGGUUUUUAUUUUCCCUGGCAGUCUGGCAACUCUUUAAUAUAACGUGCUGAUCGAAUUUUAUACAAAAAGAGGAUUUCUGAACAAUAAACAAAUAAAUAUGAGUGAUUCUGAGUCGGAGGAGGCAACCAAAAUCAACACCGAUCCCGUGGACAAUGCCUGGUCUCUAAAAAUACCCGCCUUUAAGGAGACAGACAACCCACAUGGCAUGAUUGAAGAAAGCUCCUUUGCCACACUUUUCCCCAAAUAUCGUGAGAAAUACUUAAAAGAAGUAUGGCCCCUCGUUGAGCAGGCUGUGGGCGAACACCACCUCAAGGCAGAACUCGAUUUGGUGGAGGGCAGCAUGGUGGUGAAGACAACACGCAAAACCUGGGAUCCUUAUAUCAUAAUUAAAGCGCGAGACAUGAUUAAGCUGAUGGCUCGCAGUGUUCCCUUUGAGCAGGCCAAACGUGUAUUGCAGGACGAAAUUGGAUGCGAUAUCAUUAAAAUAGGCAAUCUAGUCCAAAAGAAGGAAAAAUUUGUGAAGCGCCGGCAGCGUUUGAUUGGACCCAAUGGAGCCACAUUAAAGUCCAUUGAGCUGCUUACUGAUUGCUAUGUUCUUGUGCAAGGCAACACUGUCUCAGCCUUGGGGCCUUACAAGGGUCUGCAGCAGGUGCGCGAUAUAGUCCUGGAGACGAUGAACAAUGUCCAUCCCAUUUACAACAUCAAAGCUUUAAUGAUCAAGCGUGAAUUGAUGAAGGACCCCAAAUUGGCUAACGAGGAUUGGUCACGUUUCUUGCCCAAAUUCAAAAAUAAAAACCUCAGCAAACGGAAGCAACCGAAGGUUAAGAAACCCAAAAAGGAAUAUACACCCUUCCCGCCAGCUCAGCCGGAGAGUAAAAUUGACAAACAAUUGGCAAGUGGUGAAUAUUUCCUCAACAAAGAACAGAAGCAGGCCAAAAGACAACAAGAACGCCAGACCAAGCAAGCAGAGGCAGCUAAGAAGCAGGAUGAGCGGCGCAAUAAGGACUUCAUUCCACCUACAGAGGAACCACCAACGGGUAGCAAAAGGAAGGCAAAUGAUAAUGACAGUUCCGAUAGCAGGGUAGACGUCCAAUCCCUAAAAGCGAAGCUCCUUAAGGCUAACAAAAAGUCAAAGAGCUGAAAGAGUGUACGAUUAGUUUUGUAAUUUUUGUAUUUAAGCCUAAUAGUAGCGUGAAAUGGUUAUGGAAAAUAGUUUUUAUUUUCCUCUCUUUUACCGACUCGUAAUAAAACCUUGUGCAAAUUAUA